AGUUCAGACUCUCAGAGGGCGACAGAGGAAGAGUCGGACACAAGACGACACACGACUCGGAGAGAAGACAACACAGAGGACGACAGGACGAGUGUCUCUUCACCACCAUGGCCCUGCGGGACGAACUGUUAAAGUCUAUAUGGCACGCCUUCACGGCGCUGGACGUGGACAAGAGCGGGAAAGUCUCCAAAUCUCAGCUCAAGGUGCUGUCCCAUAACCUAUGUACAGUGAUGAAGAUCCCACAUGACCCCGUGGCGCUGGAGGAACACUUUAAAGACGAUGAUGAGGGUCCCGUCUCCAACCAGGGAUACAUGCCGUACCUGAACAAGUUCAUCCUGGAUAAGGUGAAGGAUAAUUUUGACCGUCAGGACUUCAACAAAAUGUGCUGGACUCUGUGCUCCAGGAAAAACCUGGAACAAAGUCAGCUGCUCAUCUCCAACGACGACGCUUUCAAGAUCUGGUGCAUCUUCAACUUCCUGUCUGAGGACAGAUACCCGCUGAACAUCGUCACCGAGGAGAUCGAGUACUUCCUGCGUAAGCUGACGGAGGCGAUGGGGGGCAGCUGGGUGGAGGAGCGUUUCGAGGACUACAAGCUGCAGCUGGACUCGAGGCAGCAGUGUCUGAACGCCUGGGAGCUCAUCACCGUGGUGGGGUCGGGUCACUUCAGCAAAGGCAUGGACCGCCAGACGCUCUCCAUGGGCAUCAACGAGGUCUACCAGGAGCUCAUCCUGGACGUGCUCAAGCAGGGCUACAUGAUGAAGAAAGGUCACAAGAGGAAGAACUGGACGGAGCGCUGGUUCAGGCUGAAGCUGAACUCCAUCUCCUACUACGUUGGCGAGGACCUGGCUGAAAAGAAAGGAAACAUCUUUUUGGAUGGAAACUGCACCGUGGAGCCUUUACAAGACAAAGAAGGGAAGAAGUGUCUGUUCCUCAUCAGGUCGUCUCUAAAAACCUUUGAAAUCAGUGCGUCAGACAAGAAGAAGAAGCAGGAGUGGAUCCAGGCCAUUCAGACUUGUGUGACUCUGCUGCGUCAGAGCCGACCGGCGCCGCACCGCGAGGCUCGGCAGAAGCGGCGGGAGCUGCGGCUGAAGCAGCAGGCCGAGCAGGAGGAGCUGGAGCUGAGGAUGAGAGAGCUGCAGACGGCCAACGAGGCCAAACAGCUGGAGCUGGAGAACAUGAGGAAGGCUCUGGAAGAGGCAGCGGCUAAUGCAGCAGAGGAAGAAAAAAGGCGUCUUCAGACACAAACUGAACUCCAGGACCGCUACAGGAUGGACCUGGAGAGAGAGAAAAUGGUACGCCAGCAGAUGGAGGAGCAGGUGGCCCAGAAGUCCACCGAGCUGGAGCAGUACCUGCAGAGGGUCCGCGAGCUGGAGGACAUGUACCGUCAACUGGAGGACGCUCUGGAAGACGAGAAGCGCGCCAGACAGGAUGAGGAGGCCGUCCGUAAGCUGCAGGCAAGGUUACUGGAGGAGGAGGCCAUGAAGAGAGCGGAGCUGGAGCAGAUCCAUCUGCGGCAGCAGCGGGCCAUCUCAGAGACAGAGGCUGAGAAACAGGAGCUGGAGAGGGAACGUCUGGCUAAAGAGAGUGCCCUGCAUGCUGCAAUGACACAACUGGAACAUCUGGAGCAAGAGAGGCAGGGGGCCCUUGAGCAGUACCAGACCGUGAUUAAGAAGCUAGAAGAUGCAACCAACAACACAAAGACCUGGAAGCACAAGGUGGCUGAACAUGAGGGCUUGUUACGGCUCAUUCAACCAGGUUCGAAGGGACAGAAGCUGAUCACCAACUGGGGCCCGGCAGCCUUUUCUGAUGCAGAGCUGAGUCUGAGGGAGAAGAAAUGGCAAGAGAUGAAAAACCAGGCGACCCAGGCCCAGUAGAGCUGCUGUAAGACCUGAACCUUAAACAGGAGAAGAGAAGACAGGAGAGGGCUGCUGGGAUAUAUUAUCUGUAAUAAAACAAAUCUAAGUUGUGACUGGAAAGAGGUCUCUGGUAACUGGUGAAUUUUCAGUGGAAUCCAAGUGUGAGAUUUUCGAGGAUAAUGCAAGGCAUUUCAUAUUAAGGUAGGAUUAAGUAAUCAAUUAUGUUUUAUCCCUUUUAUGAAUCUUUAGUGUUGCCCACUAGAAACCACCACAUAUAGAACUGGAAUCCUGAUUUAUUUUUUAUUUUUUUUAGACUUUCUUAUUGACAGUGAGAGAGACAGGGAAGGGGGGAUGAGAGGGCAGAUGACAUGUAGCAAAGAGCCUGGGUCGGAUUUGGACCCAAGCUGCUGCGGUAAGGACUCAGCUGGUAGUUUCCACCUCAUAUCAAGGCUGAGCUACCGAGGUGACCCAGAACUGCUAUACUUUUAAAUCUAUGGUGGUCUACGAUGACAGAGCAUUCACUUUUUCAAAUUAUCAGGAUUAAAUUCACUAACUUCAUGAGGGAACAAAAAUGGUAAAUGAACAAUAGCUUUGAUGUUAAGUUUUUUGUAACCAAGUGUAUGGAUUGGUAGCAAGUUUCCAGUGGGUAGGAAGUUCUCUUUGAUGUACAGGAUUUAAAACAAGUUCAUUUGGGUAGUUGAUAUUGAUGUUUAACCCUAACAACCAUCACAGAUACAGUAUAUUACAGUAAUUUUGGGCUACAGAGCAGGAAAAUAACUUUUAACAGUGCCACGGCCCUCUUCAUUUUUCAUUAGUUUAUCAAUUUUCCACUAACAACCAGCUCACUGAAGCUACCAGUCUAUUUAUACAACAUCAUGAGUUGUUUGUACUUUAGUCUAUUAAGAGUGGAUAUAGUUGAUAACCAUGGUUAACAAUAUAAGUCUGUUGAGUUUUAAGACGCAGCUAACUCUCUAAAGUCAUGAGUGGAAAAGAAUGUGCACACAACUACAUUUUGUUAUUUUAUUCCACCUUGUCCUGACUGUCAAUUUGUAUCUAUGAAAUGCACUACUUUUGACCGGGCCUGAUCCUACUGUCAAAUCUUUGAAAAAGUUUGAGCUACUAAAAUUUCUACAUGGAAUAUAAGGGCUUUUGUAAAUAUUUUAACAGUUAUCUGUUUUUGUUUUUAGUUUCUUUCUUACUAAAGUUACGCUGCAUAAGGCAGCAUCCUUGAGAAUGACAUGUCAGACGUUAAGUCAGUGAUGUUUAAUAAAUUGUUUAAAAAAAAUUCUCUUCACUAAAUUGUUUAUUGUUGACAUCAAAGUGCAUUUCUCUGUCUAACUGGCUCUUAAACAUUUCCUGCUUGUAAACACUGUGUCAGAAAUAGGGCAUUUGGCCAAGGCCUCACUCUAAACAAGAAUGCUAACUGCCGAACAUUUGUAUUGUGCUGUUGUACUGUAACCUCCAGUGCCUUUGAUACUGUCAUGAGUGAACAUUGUAAUUUCUAUUUUAUGUUUUUAUAUAUAUGUAAAAAGCUGAAGACUGAACUAUGUAAUAAAACAUAUCUGAAUAACUGGC